CUUUCUAACUCUUUUCUAGACGAUGUCUUUAAAUUGUUGGCAAGAAGUCAUUGAUGAUUAUGAAAGAUUACUUGAAACUGAUGAAGGAUAUGACGUUAUUAUUUAUGCCGGUGAAAAUGAAAACGUUAAGGAACUACAUGCUCUUUCUAAUAUUUUGUGUAUCAGGUCACAAUAUUUUCGUACAGCACUUUCUAAUGAAUGGGCAAAGAAAAAGGAUGGGAAGUUUAUUUUAGAAAAACCAACCAUUUCUCCAAAUAUUUUUAAAAUUAUUUUAAGAUUUAUUUAUUGUGGAAAAAUUGAUUUCACAAAAUUAGAAGGAUUUGAAUUAUUAAAAUUAUCUAUGGCUAUUUACGAACUUAAUAUUCAAUCUUUAAUUCCUCGUAUUGAGGAAUAUUUAAUUAAACAUCAGUAUAAAUUUUUACAGCAAAAUCCUACGAGAAUUAUUGAAACAAUCUAUCAAAAUGAAUCUUUUACAAAUUUAUUAGAUUUUUGUCUUAACAAAAUUUGUGAAGAACCUGAAAUAUUAUUUGAUUCUGAAAAUUUCACUAGCUUAAAGGCACCUAUAAUGGAAUUGCUUUUAAAUCGGGAUGAUCUGUGUCUAGAAGAAAUUGAAAUAUGGGAUAACUUAUUAAAAUGGGCUUUUGCACAAAAUCCUAUUAUUCCAAAAGAUGUCACUAAAUGGAACAAAGAGGAAGUCACAGUUAUGGAAAGAACCCUUCAUAGAUAUAUCCAUUUAGUUAGAUUUUAUCAUAUAUCUUCAGAAGAUUUUCAUGAUAAAGUAUAUCCUUUGAAGGAAAUAUUGCCAAAGGAUUUAAUUAAUAAUCUUUUAACAUUUUAUUUAGCACCAAAUAAAAGAACAAAUAUUGAUAAGCAGCUUCCUAGAAAGUCAAAAUCAAAAUGUGAUAAGUAUGAUUCAGUUAUUGUUAAUUUUCAACAUUUUGCAUUAUUUGCCAGUUGGAUUGAUAGAAAAAAUGAUAAUUAUUUAGAAGAUGAUAUUCCAUAUAAUUUUAAUUUGCUCUAUCGUUCUAGUAGGGAUGGUAAUACUGUUGCAAAAUUUUAUGAAAAAAUUGAAAAUAAAGGAGCUAAUAUCGUCGUUGCAAAAUUUAAAAAUACAAAUCAAAUAAUUGGAGGAUAUAACCCAUUGGAUUGGAGUGGAUACGGCAUUUUUAAAUUUACAGCUGAUAGUUUUAUAUUUUCAUUUAAAGAUUACAAAAAUACUGAUACAGGAAAGAUUGGAAGAGUGAUUAAAAAGGAAGAUGCUAUAUACUGUUUUGGUAAUUAUCAUGGUCCAACUUUUGGUUCAAGUAAAAAUGGUGGUAGUUGUGAUAUAGAGCUACGUUCAAGUAGCAACAGAUGGAGAUCAUAUCCAAAUUCUUAUCCUGAUAUUGGUAUCCCAAGAAAUUAUGAGAUUGAAAAUUAUGAAGUAUUUCAAGUUGUUAAAAAGAAUUAAAAGAGUAAUUUCAUAUAGGAUUCCUUUUAUAGAUUUAUAUAACAUCUGUGGUUUGUGAAGUAAUAAUUAAGAAACUAUUUUCUUAAAUAAAAAAUAUGCAUUUUUUUGGUGUUUAGAAUAUUAUUCAUAUUUUAUUUAAUAAAAAACCACGUAAAAAUAUGAUACAGUCAAAUCUCCAUAAAUAUAUCCUCCUUAGGACUUGAUACAAAUGGCUUUUACAAGUAAAUUUGUUGCUUACUUAUUGUAAAUAUUCUAAACAUAUAAUGGUAAAUGUUAUAAGCGAAAUUAACAUAAAAAAAAAUAAA